AUGACCCAACAUCAGUUUCCCCCAGUGGUGGCCACGCGCUGCCUUGACCCAAUAAAAUUCACCUGCUAUUUUGGGACGUUUGUCCAGACCCCGUCGCUUGGUGCUCUGCAGGUGCUUACGCACUGUGCCGUUGGAGUUGACCAGGACGGGACUAUAGUUUUCGUGAAUGAAAAUUGCUCCGACUACACCUCCUACACUUUGAAAUUCACCGGUCUGGAGCUGCACGAAGUGCGUUUCGUCGACGUUGCCGACUCGGAAACCAAGUUCUUUGUGCCCGGCUUCAUUGACACCCACAUCCACGCUCCCCAGUUCCCAAACAACGGCAUAUUCGGCGACUCCACGCUGCUUGACUGGCUCGAAAAGUACACUUUCCCGCUGGAAUCGUCGUUUAGAGACCUCACAAGGGCCAACAGCAUCUACAGCCAGGUGAUCGAGAGAACGCUCAGCAACGGCACGACCGCGGCAGCGUAUUACGCAACAAUCCACGCAGACGCAACCAACCUGCUAGCGGACCUGGCGCUCAUGCGCGGCCAGAGAGCGCUGAUUGGAAAGGUCUGCAUGAACCAAAACUCGCCGGACCACUACAUCGAGACAUUCGAGGAGAGCAAGGCUUCGCAGCUGAGCGUGAUUGAGCACAUUGAAAAAAGAGACCCCUCGGGCAAUUUUGUGCGGCCAAUUCUCACACCACGCUUCGCGCCCUCGUGCACAGAGAAACUGAUGAAAUGGUUGGGAGAGCUGCGCAAGUCUCACAACUAUCACUGCCAGACUCACCUCUCGGAAAAUAAACGGGAAAUAGAGGUGGCCAAGGAACUGUUCCCGGGGUUCGAUUCGUACACAGAUAUUUAUUACAAGUCUGGGCUGCUGGGCCCGAAAACGAUCUUGGCCCAUUGCAUCCAUCUGUCGGAGCAUGAAAAAGACCUCCUUGCACAGACAGGCUGUGGUGUGUCGCAUUGCCCAACGUCCAACUCGUCCAUCACGUCUGGAGAGGCCAGGGUCAGAUGGUUGCUCAAUAGCAACAUCAAAGUGAGUCUGGGAACAGACUGCUCGGGAGGUUUCACGCCGUCUAUCCUUCAGGUGGCUAAACACGCCCUGCUGGUGUCGAACCAUUUAGUGAUGAAGUCGGAAAACGACUUCGAAAAGCUCAGCACCCACGACGUGCUCUACCUUGCUACGGUUGGUGGUGCAGAGGUGUUGAACUUGAACGUGAAGCUGGGGCUGUUCAAAGUCGGGUACAAGUUCGACGCGCAGCUAAUCCAGUUGGACUGCGAGGGUUCGCCGGUCGACACGUUUGAGUUCCAAAACCCGAAAUGGGGUUUGCUGAGUCCCGAGGAGUCGCGCGGAAAGUUCCUGGACCUGAUCGACAAGUGGAUUUUCAACGGUGACGACCGCAACGUGAGAAAGGUGUUUGUGAACGGGCGUUGUGUUGUAGACAAAUAG